AGUGGGUUCUUUUAAAGCAAGGCUCCGGUAGAUCUGCAAUGCAGGGGUCAGUUUAAGGCAUGGUGCAGAAGCUCGACCAAAAACUGCCCGUCGCCAAUGAGUACCUGCUGCUUUCCGGCGGGGUCCGGGAAGGCGUGGUGGACCUGGACCUGGAUGAACUGAACAUCUACGCCCGGGGGACGGACUACGACAUGGACUUCACCCUCCUGGUGCCAGCCCUGAAGCUCCACGACCGCAACCAGCCCGUCACCCUGGACAUGCGCCACUCCACCCUGUGCCACUCGUGGCUCAGCUUGCGGCUCUUCGACGAGGGGACGAUCGGCAAGUGGAAGGACUGCUGCACCAUCGUGGACCACAUCAACGGGGCGACCAACUACUUCUUCUCCCCGACGAGAGUGGCGGACUGGUUCCACGACUCCAUCAGCGUGGUCCUCUCCGAGAUCCAGAAGAAGCCCCAGCGGGGGAUGCCGAAGGUGGAGAAGGUGGAGAAGAGCGGGACCAUCAUCUCCAUCAUCCUGGGGGUGGGCAGCAGCCGCAUGCUCUACGACAUCGUGCCCGUCGUCUCCUUCAAGGGCUGGCCGGCGGUCGCCCAGAGCUGGCUGAUGGAGAACCACUUCUGGGACGGGAAGAUCACGGAGGAGGAGGUCAUCAGCGGGUUCUACCUGGUCCCCGCCUGCUCGCACAAGGGCCGGAAGGACAAUGAGUGGCGGCUCUCCUUCGCCCGCAGCGAGGUGCAGCUGAAGAAGUGCAUCUCCGGCAGCCUCAUGCAGGCCUACCAGGCCUGCAAGGCCAUCAUCAUCAAGCUGCUCUCGCGGCCCAAGGCUGUCAGCCCCUACCACCUGCGCACCAUGAUGCUCUGGGCCUGCGACCGGCUGCCCGCCAACUACCUGGCCCAGGAGGACUGCGCCGCCCACUUCCUCCUGGGCCUCAUUGACGACCUGCAGCACUGCCUGGUCAACAAGAUGUGCCCCAACUACUUCAUCCCCCAGUGCAACAUGCUGGAGCACCUCUCCGAGGAGGCCGUCAUGCUCCACGCGCGGAAGCUCUCCUCGGUGCGCUCCGACCCCACCGAGCACCUCCGGACUGCCAUCGAGCACGUCAAGGCGGCCAACCGGCUGACGCUCGAGCUGCAGAGGAGGGGCAGCGCCACCAGCAUCCCCUCCCCCCAGUCCGACGGGGGGGACGCCAGCCAGCCGGACGACCGGCUGGCCAAGAAGCUGCAGCAGCUGGUGACGGAGAACCCGGGGAAGUCCAUCUCGGUCUUCAUCAACCCCGAUGACGUCACACGGCCUCACUUCAGAAUCGACGACAAGUUCUUCUGAAAGCGUCCCCCCCUUUUGGACUCUGCCGACGGCUCCCCUCGGCCCACCCCUCUGGCGGUUUUGACAUAUCCACCUGGCCGUUGGAUUGGCUGAGAAGGACCCAAAUGUCUUCAUCCAGGUUCUGAAAUCUGGGGCGGGCUCUGAAACAGUGGAUUCCUAUUUUAUUUGCUGCUUUCCCCCUCCCCAAAUGAUUUUGUGAGAGCCUGUAAUUUUGGACGAUGGCCUCGACACCAACACAGGUGCUUGAUUUCCCCGGCUUCCGCGGCGCCCGUCUCCUCCCAGACCCCCGCCUGGCACCCGCUCCCUCCUCUUCUCCGUUGAUUCCAUUUUGCUUUUCUUCUCCACAGCUUCUUUUGAUCGGAGAGGGUGAGAGGGCCCAGUCACGAAUUUUUGGCAGGCUUCCGUUUCCUUGGCCAGCGCCCCAUUUAAUUUGUUCUUCGCUUUCCUUGUCCAGAAGGAUCAAGUUUAACUUUAGAAGCCAACGAUGCAACCGACUUCUUUAAAUCUGGGGUCUUUUUCUCCCCCCCCCCCUUCAGUCACCUCUUCUUGAAUGUAAUUUUGUUCAGAAUCGAACUUUGACCCGUGCAGAGGGGGCCCCUCUGCCAAUCUUCCAUGCGGAUUAAGGUUCUGGGAUGUUAGUUUUUAGUGUGUGUAAUUAUUC